AUGGCUGAUCGUAACUACAGACACGAUCGCUCCCAAAUCACUGUUUCGGCGGACAUUGGCGAUCUGGGACCGUACUCUCUGUUCGGUAAACCGGUGAUCAAAGCCGAGGACGAACGAAAUCUGACACUUUGUUGUCUUAACGAGUCACCCCAAACCACAUCCAGGAGGAGCACAGGCCGAGUUUCACGGUUGACACCAACAAGUACAAAAAAUUCCGUGGAAUUGCAGACAUUGGCUGUCCCAUUCCCCAGUCACCUCAGUCAGCAACAACACGAGCAACAGCAGCAGCAGCAACAACAACAGCAACACCAGCACCAAUCACAACAGCAAGUCCACCGCGCCUCUUCGACUGCCCAGACGCACAUACAACAGUCCACAUCCAAUUCGUCGGGAUCAAAUGAAUCCGUGCUCGCCGCGUUCGUUGGAGAUCCCUUACGAUCGUUAUCGUCCAUGAGACCAAUUGGUGAUGAGGUAACCGACUGUUAUGAUACACAAAUUAUUGACUUUUAUUUUUGUACUCCGAUGGUCCGUGGAAUCGAAUAA